AUCUAUGAUAUGGUGUAAAAAAAAAUGAUGAGAAGCUACAAUCUUGCACCAAUAUACCUAGAUGAUGUGCGCACCUAUGGGUGAGCUCUAGAACCGGAUGAGACUGACUGGCGUACAGCUUUCUAUCAUCCUGCGUAUCUUUACUUUGUGCUCCGUAACUAUGGUCUUUCCCUAAAAAGUCUCUUUUUUAUUUAUCUAUCCUAUAAAAUCGAUACACAGUUUAAUGAUGAAUAAAAUAGCAUUUAAACAUGCAUCGAAUCGUUCGAGGUCUUGCACCCCCUGUUCCUGGUAGAAAGACACGCAAUAAAGCGUAUCGAUACGCGCGAAAGACUCGUCCCUCAAAACAGUUUUUUUGUUAGUUUCCGUUGCUAUGAAUAACAAACAUAGUAACUGGUAUGAUGAUUCCCACCAAUACUGGUUCCUCUAUUUGUUUGAGCAGUUUUAAUCGAGAUCCAGCUAAGACAGUGUUCAAAAUUGUUUUUUUUUUUCAGUGAUUUUUCACUAUAUUGCUUUCAAAAGUCCAUAUAACAGAAGUAAUCAUGUCUUUUGAGCAAGAUCGUCGCAGCAUUUACGAACGACGACGCAACAUACUGUACCUCGUGGCGAACUAUCUGUCCACCAUGGGGCUCCAUCAAACCCGCCAGGCACUGGUCGACGAGACGAACCUAACGAGCGAAUACGAGGUGUGCGAUAACAUUGACCUCGAUACCAUCUACCAGGACUUUUGUAGCUACUUCCUGCUCAAGUUCGGCAAGCAGCCACGCAUUGUAAAGCGCACCGAAUCCAUCGGACCCCUGCCAACGGCACACCGGAAGCUGUCCGGAGCGAGACGUAAGCCUCCGCUGCCCGCAGGCCCCAAACCGGAUGGCAAGGAUCCGUUGAAUUCGAUCACCAAUGUGGGCGAUGAGAUGCAGGCACUUCGUAUAACGGCGGCCAAUCCCGCCGAACACCUCGAAGGACACACCUCCCCGGCGGUGCCGUACGCCAAUCCGAAGCUGCUGGUACGGCUGCAGGACCACUUUACCAGCGAAUGGAAGGACCUUGCGGAGGAAGUCUGUAGGGAUUUGAUCCGCAGGGACCUACGCCAGCGCUGGUCAAGCAUUAAGGGGCUGGCCGGUCCUAUCAAGGUGCUGAAGGAGAGUGUCAUCGCUCCGCUCGAGCAUCCGGAACUGUUCGUGGGGCUGGCUCAGCCGUGGCGCUGUGUGCUGCUGCACGGAGCGCCAGGAACUGGGAAAACCCUGCUAGCGCGAACGUUGUGCUCGGAGACGCGCGAAUCGGUGACGUUCUUCAGCACCACGGCCAGCACGCUCAUAUCGAAGUGGCGCGGUGAAUCAGAGAAGCUGAUCCGGGUGCUGUACGAGGUGGCCAAAUUUUACGCCCCGUCCAUUAUCUUCAUCGACGAGUUUGACAGUUUGGCGUCGCGGCGUGACACCAUUCGGGAGCACGAAGCAUCGAAGCGUUUCAAGAACGAGUUCCUGUCGCUUAUCGAUGGGUUGGAAAGUGCAGCCAACGAAACGGCUGCUCCUACGGCGCACGAUCGGGACCGGGUGUUUCUGCUGGCCAGCACCAACCUGCCGUGGGAGCUGGAUCCGGCCUUUCUGCGACGCUUUGAGCGCAAAAUUCUCGUCGAUUUACCGACGGCCGAUGGACGGAAGGAGCUGAUCGAGCAUCUGCUCCCGACCGUUACCGCAUGGCCCGAGCAGGAGAUACAGCAACUUGUAACGCUUUCCGAGGGAUGGACGGGUGAUGAAGUUCGACUCGCGUGCAAGGAAGCGUCCAUGAUGCUGCUGAGGAACAGGAUCAACGAGCGUCGAUCGAACACGAACCGAGCGGCGGACCAGGAAGAGCUUCAAUAUUCGAUGCUGCGCAAAGCUUUUGAACAGUUGCGUCCUGGUUGCGUGGAAUUGGCGCAGAAGCAUCGUGACUGGAAUCAACGUUACGGAACGCAGCUUGUGGACUGAGCGGAAAUGAAAAGGACGAACUUUUUAACGCCCACACUGGCAGCAUAUUAGCAAGCCUGGUAUAUUUUAACUCUUUUCUGUAUGUCUUUCGUUGAUCCUGUGAUUGAUCCUGUUCUC